GUCGUGACAACUCAGUAGCAACCACAGUAGACCAGGUCUUAUCCUCCGAGACAAAAAGUCUGGCAGCUCUGGAGCAAAUAGAGUCGCUUUUCCCGAAGGAGGUACUAGACGUCGUUAAUACUAAUGCGGCUGAUUCGUCCCUCCCGGACUUGCGCUCGCUGUCGGUGGAAGAACCGACAUCGAUUGCGCUGGAGCGAAUUCAGGAGAGGCGACGGAAAGCGCAGUCUGUUCCCUCGGAAGACCCGCUCGCCACGUUGGGAGCUUCCACUGCCGAUCACGCCAGCCUGCUGGCCAAAGCUGCUGCAGAGGGGGAGGACCCGGAGUCGUUGAGGGCGAUGGAAGCCCUUCUGAAGCCGGAUCCCAAUGAUCCUGCUCGACGGAUAAGACGAGAAAACCGAAUUCGUCGGCGAGACAAACGGCUUCACGAGCUGGUGGCGCAGGAGUCCAUAGAAGACGACGCUGCUGAGGCGGAAGAGAAGAAGAAGAAGGGGGCUGGCACGGAGCCCGCCAUCGCUCUGAACAAAUACAGCAUCUGGCGUAGGGAGGACGAGAAGAUAGGCGGGGACCAGAUGAUUAGACUUAUUCAGGAUCAGCUGAUCAUGGCGCGAGCGUACAUGGCCAUCGCGCAGCAGCAUGGGGAUUCGAAGCUGUCCAAGGAGCUGAAGAACAGGAUGAAGGACAGCACCAAGUCGCUAGGCGAGGCAACCACGGACGCCGAGCUGGCUUCCAAUGCGGUGGAGAAGAUGCGCGCCAUGGGGCAGUUGCUGGCCAGAGCGAGAGAUCAGCACUACGACUGCACCGGAAUGGUGAAGAAGCUACGUGCCAUGGUGCAUUCUGCUGAAGAGCAGAAUCAAGCUCUGAGGCAGCAAAGUCUUUUCCUGAGUCAACUCGCUGCAAAGACCAUACCGAAGGGAAUCUUCUGUCUCUCCAUGCGACUGACAAUAGAAUACAGCAACCUUUCUCCAGAGGAGCGGGAAUUUCCAGGAAAGGAGAAGCUGGAAGACAAUGACUACCAUCACUAUGCACUCUUUUCUGACAACGUGCUGGCAACAGCCGUGGUCGACUCCUCUAGGCACGUGUUCCACAUUGUGACUGACAAGCUCAACAUAGCGGCCAUGAAGUCUUGGUUUCUCUUCAACCCUCCCAAGGAGGCAACGAUUGAGGUUCAAAGCGUUGAUAACUUCACGUGGCUCAACUCGUCCUACUGCCCUGUCCUGAGGCAGUUGGAAUCUGCAUCAAUGAAGGACUACUAUUUCAAGACAGGGCAACAAACAGAAACAGCGGGAGGUGCAACAGCAAACCUCAAGUAUCGCAAUCCCAAGUACCUGUCAAUGCUGAAUCACCUCCGAUUCUAUCUGCCUGAAGUUUUCCCCAAGCUGGACAAGGUUCUGUUUCUGGAUGAUGACAUCGUGGUUCAAAAGGAUCUCACACCACUGUGGGAUGUCGACCUGCAUGGAAAUGUGAAUGGUGCGGUGGAGACAUGUGGGGCCAGUUUCCACAGAUUUGACAAAUACCUCAACUUCUCCAAUCCAUUGAUAGCGUCUAACUUUGAUCCACAGGCUUGUGGCUGGGCAUACGGGAUGAAUGUCUUCGACCUGAAGCAGUGGAAAGUCCAAGACAUUACCGGUAUCUACCACAGAUGGCAAACACAGAAUGAAGAUCGUACUCUAUGGAAGCUUGGAACGCUACCGCCUGGUCUGAUCACGUUCUACAACAAGACUCAACCAAUCGACAAGGGCUGGCAUGCCCUUGGACUCGGCUACAAUCCAAACCUUGACAUGGAUGAGCUCAACAAUGCUGCAGUGGUGCAUUACAAUGGCAACAUGAAGCCAUGGCUUGAGAUUUCAAUGACUAAGUUCAAGCGGUACUGGACCAAAUAUGUCAAGAUAGACCAUCCGCUUAUGCAGCAAUGCAAUGUGAGUCCUUGA